CCGACAGCGAGAUGGGACUGGAGACCGAGAAGGCCGACGUGCAGCUCUUCAUGGACGACGACGCCUACAGCCGCCACAGCGGCGUCGACUACGCCGAUCCCGAGAAGUUCGUGGACUCGGGCUACGAUCGGGAUCCCCACCGGCUCAACUCUCAUCUUCAGCUGGGCUUUGAAGACGUGAUUGCAGAGCCAGCGACUACGCACUCCUUUGACAAAGUGUGGGUCUGCAGCCAUGCCCUCUUUGAAGUCAGCAAAUACGUGCUCUACAAGUUCCUGACCGUGUUCCUGGCCAUCCCCUUGGCCUUUGCCGCGGGAAUUCUCUUCGCCACCCUCAGCUGUCUGCACAUCUGGAUUUUAAUGCCUUUUGUAAAGACAUGCCUCAUGGUCCUGCCUUCAGUGCAGACAAUAUGGAAGAGUCUGACAGAUAUUGUCAUUGGCCCAUUGUGUGCCAGCGUGGGGAGAAGCUUCUCUUCUGUCAACUUGCAAGUGAGCCAUGACUGAAUGCUUAGAACCCAGAUCCAGAGACUUGGAUAUUGUACCUUUGCUGUUAUAAGACUAAAGCACUACUGUUCUGUUCUUUCCCCAAUUGUCUUAAUUAAGAAAAUUAUGAUGGUUAUCUAUAUUUACAAAUGUUUAUGGUAAGAUCUUUUCAAAUAAUAUUUUCCAAUUAAUAGCCUAGGGCUUUAUAUUUCAUUUUUAUAAACAGAAUUAUACAGUAGGCUGACAACAGUUAAUUUUAAAGGCAGGCAGACAAGUUUGCUUUACUACAAAAGUAUACCUUUGGGGUUGGGGCAUUGCUGAAAUGGUAGAAUAGCUGUCUUGCAAGCACAAAGACCAGCACCACAAAAAAGUAAGAAUUUUAAACUAAUGAGUUGAUAAUGAUCAGAGCGUUCCUUCAAGAAUACUGUAGGGCUGGGAAAGUGGCUCAGUGGUAGGGCUCUUGC